AAUAUGAAAUGCAUUAGACAUGUAACCUAUUUAUCCUAAUAUACGAUAAAAUGUACUCCGUUAUAUUUCGUCAUUUAAAUUUAAUUAGGCACAAAUAGAAAAUAACGAAGAUACAAGGCCAAUCGAGGCCAAUCGAAAAUGAUGUCGAUAGGAAAAUAACUAGGCAUUUUUGAGAAGCACGAAUAUUCAACGUGUCAGUUCAACGUGUACAAAAAUUUCGCAAAUAGUGCGCAUCCCUUCAGCGAAUGUUAGUUUUUUAUCUGACACUUUAUUUUUUUCCUACAUCCUCAUUAAAAAAAUGUAGUUUGUGGAGAAAUAUCUAUAAGUUAUUUCACAAAAGUUAAAACAAAUCCAUCACCAAUAUGAAUAAGACUUCUCAAAGAACUGGACAAACAUUGAAGUAUGUGAGCUUAAUUACUCUCACACUUCAAAAUGCUAUGGUUGGCCUCAGCAUGCGAUAUUCGCGUACUAGAGCAGGAGAUAUGUUUCUAUCUUCCACUGCUGUUGUAAUGGCAGAAGUAGUCAAAUUAUUUACCUGUCUGGUAUUGGUAUACAUCGAAGAAGGAAGCUUUGAGAAAUUUUAUAAAGCAUUACAUAUGACAAUCAUGAAGCAGCCUAUUGACACUUUGAAAGUUUGUGUGCCAUCUCUCUUGUAUAUCAUACAAAAUAAUUUACUUUAUGUAUCUGCAUCUAAUCUGGACGCAGCUACAUAUCAGGUUACAUAUCAAUUAAAAAUUUUGACAACAGCCUUCUUCGCAGUGACGAUAUUACGUAAAUCUCUACGUAUCACGCAGUGGGGUGCUCUACUAUUUUUAGUCAUUGGAGUAGUUCUUGUACAAUUGGCUCAAAGCGUAAAAGCGUCUUUACCUUCCGGUAUCGAACAAAAUCACUGGCUAGGUUUUUCUGCUGCUCUGAGCGCGUGCGUUCUAUCUGGCUUCGCGGGAAUCUACUUUGAAAAAAUUCUCAAAAGCUCCGACAUCUCUGUAUGGAUGCGAAACGUACAGUUGAGCGUUCUGUCCAUACCGUUCGGAUUGGGCACGUGUUUUCUGCAGGAUGGUGACAUCAUACGCAAGCAGGGUUUCUUCUUUGGUUACGAUUUAUUUAUCUUUUACCUGGUGAUCUUGCAAGCAGGCGGUGGAUUGAUUGUAGCCAUGGUAGUUAAGUAUGCUGACAAUAUAUUGAAAGGCUUUGCCACAUCUUUAGCCAUCAUCAUCUCUUGCAUAGCUUCCAUUUAUCUGUUCGACUUCCAUCUGUCAUUUCAAUUCAGUCUAGGUGCGUUCCUCGUAAUAUGCUCAAUUUUCCUUUACAGUCACCAACCGAAAACUUUGUCUGAUAAACAUACAUCAGCUGAAAAAGUCUGACAAUAGUGAAAACACGAGGGUAUUCUCGGUAUAAUAUAAAUAAUUGAUUUUACAAGUUUUCACAAGAAUUUUCAUUAACUAACAUUAACUUGGUGAUAUAGAGUUUUAAUAAUUUAUCAAAAAUAGAAUCAAUUUAAAAGGAGGACCGAUUGAAUAUUGAUUUGAACAAAUUAAUGAAAAAAAAAUAAAAGAUUUGACAGAUACUAUCAAUAUUAAGAAAAAUCAAUAUAACAACUUUGAUAAUUCUACCUUAAACUGCAAUGAUACAAUUGUUAUAUUGUUAUAUAGAAUACAAGUGCAAUCAUGUUUUAUAUUCCAUCAUUUAUCUCUCUUGUGAUAGUAAAAAUAGAGAUUUUACAAUGAUGAAUAUAUAGAGAAAUUAAAGUGAGAUUAUACAUUGCAGUGGGUUUAUCAAGUUAUUAUAGAUACAAAACGUUGACAUUAUUAGCUAUUCACAAUGAUUAUGACUUUAUAUUAUAUAGCUUCGAUUCAAAUACAUUCAAAUAUAUUCAUCAUAGGUCAGUAAGUUAUAUUUGCACUAUGUACUUAAGAAUAGAUUUUAAUAAAUGCGGUUUCUAUGAGAAUUUUAAUUUCACAUCGUUUCUUUGAGAUUGCAAUUUUUAGAAUGCAGUAAGACAAUUCUAAACAAAAAUUUAUUUUGCAAACAAAACUUUAUUCAACCAAAUAAUUACAUGAAGUAAGCAAGAAUAUAUUUUAUUUGGAAUGCAAAAUGUUUCAAUGGAAAAAUAUCUAAGUCUAUUUAAAAUAAAAUUCAGCUUCCUAUAAUAUUUUGUAUUAAAUUCAAGAUAUAAUUACAUGCAUAUUUUUUUUUUAUUCA